UUGAGGCGAGAGCGCAACCAGCCACCGUGGGCUCUUUAAAAACAGGGGGAAGCCUCACCUCGCGCUCCGAAGAGUCUGAGGCGACUGAGAAAGAGAGAGAGGAGAGGGAGGGAGGCAGCCUCUUCCCCGCCCUUUCUGCUGCUCUGCUCUGCUCGGGGAGGAUGGUAGUGGCGGCGGAGGGGCGGCAAGGCUCCUGCCUCCUCUUCUUCUUCGUCCUCCUCCUCUUGCUGCCCGGAGCCAAGCAGAGCCCGGAGCCCACCGGCUGCCAGCUCCACAGGAAACAAAGUGAGCUGAACUCCUUCCUGUGGACUAUAAAGAGAGACCCACCGUCUUAUUUUUUUGGUACCAUUCAUGUACCGUAUACUCGAGUCUGGGAUCAUAUUCCUGAGAAUUCAAAGAAAGCUUUCCAGCAGAGCCAUAUUGUCUACUUUGAGCUGGACCUUACAGAUCCCUACACAAUCUCUGCUCUGACGAGUUGCCAGCUCCUGCCGCAAGGUGAGAACCUUCAGGAUGUACUUCCAAGGGACAUCUACCGCCGACUCAAGCGCCACUUGGAAUAUGUCAAGCUCAUGAUGCCUUCCUGGAUGACCCCGGACCAGCGAGGCAAAGGACUGUAUGCAGACUAUCUCUUCAAUGCUAUUGCAGGCAACUGGGAAAGGAAAAGACCUGUGUGGGUCAUGCUUAUGGUUAAUUCUCUGACUGAAGUUGACAUCAAAUCACGCGGUGUGCCUGUCUUGGAUCUCUACCUUGCCCAAGAAGCUGAACGACUGCGUAAGCAGACCGGGGCUGUAGAAAAAGUAGAGGAGCAAUGCCACCCACUGAAUGGCCUAAAUUUCUCUCAGGUGAUCUUUGCUUUGAAUCAGACUCUUUUGCAGCAAGAGAACCUCCGAGCAGGCAGCCUGCAGAUCCCUUAUACAACAGAGGACCUGAUCAAGCAUUACAACUGUGGAGACCUCAACUCCAUCAUCUUCAAUCAUGACACUUCUCAAGUUCCAAACUUCAUCAAUGCCACUCUGCCACCACAUGAACGCACUACUGCUAUGGAGAUUGACAGCUACUUCCGUCAGGAGCUUAUCUACAAACGGAAUGAGCGAAUGGGCAAGAGGGUGAAAGAUCUAUUGGAGGAGUAUCCUGACAAAAGUUUCUUCUUUGCAUUUGGAGCUGGUCACUUCAUGGGCAACAAUACAGUAAUAGAUGUUUUGAGAAGAGAAGGAUAUGGAGUUGACCAUACUUCUGCUGGACAAGCCAUCAACAGUGGGAAGAAUCGAAAGGCGCUGUCUUCCCUCUCAUCGUCUUCCUCAGAAUACCCCUCUUACAUCAUCUCCCAAGAGCUCCAUCCUUCCCAACAACAUCCCCAGAAAGAGGAGGAGGAAGAGGAGGAGGAGCUGUUGCCUCAUUUGCUGCUCCCGGAAAGCAUCGACCUGUUGGAGAAAGUAGACAGGAAAUAUAAAAAGAAGAAAAAGAAGCAGCAGAAGAAACAGCGUUUGCGCCAGUUCAAUGACCUCUGGGUACGCAUUGAGGAAAGUACCACUGAUCCACCACCGCGGAUCCGCAUAAUUAAUGGUUACAUUACUGUAGAGCCUCAGCCACGGGGUCACGGCCGAUCCAGUCAUGUCCAGGCAGACCUGAACUCCUCCAGUGGGUUGUUUCUGUUCUUUUAUGCAUUGACAUUGACGUUGGUGUUUUCUACUAUAACGUUGCUGGUGUGAAUCUCCGACAAAGAGCAACAUAUUCUAUUUUUUGGGAAUGAUCUGGUGGUGAAAUGAAGAAACAAUGACUUUAUUUGGAUGGGAGAUCAUCUAUAUGGGUGUGUUUUAAGCCUUAUCCUUUUCCUGAAUCUGGACCAUUCACAUGAUUAACUGGCUUCGCCAUGCCCAAUACAGGAAAAGAUAUUUUUAAUGAAAGCCAUUUUUAUCCUUCUCUUGCAGAAGAAAUAUUUCAUGUUAUCCCAUAAUGAUUUUGGGAGAUGUAUAUGUACUUUAGCUGUUAUUUACCUGUAUGAAAUUGACUUGAAUGCAGUUUGUUUGGGGUUUUUCCAUUUCUACAUUAUCUCUUGGAUGGUGUUAAAGGAAGUUUUUUGGCGCCUUAAAGUGCAGUAGCAACCUGUGUUGAAAUAAUAUUCCAGUAGCGAUAAUACCAUUUGGAAUGUAAUGCAGUCUGUCCAUGGCAGAUUCACACAAUACCUUGGUGCUUUUCAUGUAUGUUUUUCAGAUGCUACAUGUUCCCCCACUUCCUUGUUAAAAUAUCUCAUGUCUAUUAAUAAUGGAGGCGAGGGGGUUGGUAGCUCCAAAGGUUGCUCCCCUCUUCAGGAUAAUUGGUCUAUUAUGUUGAGGUAUCAUUUGAAAUAUUUUGGUACCUAUUUUAAACAAAUAAAUGAGUUGUGUCUCUUGUCUCUUG